AUGUCCCAGAUGCUGCCACGCAUCAACUUCACCGUUGUGCUACAGCUGUUUGAGAUCGCGACGCUUGCAUCCACAGACUCGGUAGCCACGAUGAAGUCCCAGGCCCUGUUUGACGCUAUGUCUGCGGCAGUGAAGGCCAAGGGGCCCGAGCUGGUGAAGCUCGGCGGGGCAGCGGCUCGGACGAUCUUGGACCUGGCAAGAUUCGGCUUAGACCCAGGGGUUGGGAGGGACACGGUCUCAUGCAGCUAUUCUGCUGAGGUCUUCCAGUUCGUCAUCAACGACGCCGGCCCCGAGGGCAAGUUCGUCCUGGACCUGAAGAACGGCAGCGGUUCAGCCAAGGCUGGCGAGGAGAGCAGUGCUGCCGGCAACUUAGCGCGCCUGAAUUUGAGGUCACGCCAUGCUCAGCACGACUGCACCAUUAUCAUGGCGGAUGCGGACUUGGUGUCCAUGGCAGAAGGCAAGCUGGAUGGUAUGCAGGCUUUCAUGGGCGGCAAGCUGAAGAUCAAGGGCAACAUGAUGCUGGCCCAAAAGCUAGCAUCCAUCCUGGAGGCUGCCAAGUGA